GAGAGAGAGCGAGAGAAACGGAGAGAGCGCGUGCACGAAGAAAGGGUAGCAGCCAGCGGAUUCGUCGCGCUCGCGGCUCCGUCCUGAUCCGCGGAAUUCUCCUCCGAGCGCGAGGCGCGCGGCGCGCGAUGGGAGCCUCGCACCUCGUGCAAACCGCGAGACGGCCGUGCGCGUGGAAGUUAUAGGAACGGCGCAUCUCUCUCUCGCUAUCACCAUCACCAUCAUCAUCGCCACUAUCGCACCGUUCGAUCGGCGCGCGCUUUGUCAUGCACCGCGCAUUCCUGCGCGGGCCGUGUUAAUGUUGUAAACAAUCGAAUCCGAGCGGCCCGGGGCUCCUUCACUCGCGCCGUCAUAAUCACUCACUCACUCACUCACUGGCGUUAGUGAUUGCGCGCGCGCGGGGUUGAUGCGCUGUGGGCGCGAGCGACGAUGUGGGUGAACCCGGAGGAGGUGCUGCUGGCCAGCGCGCUGUGGAUCACGGAGAGGGCGAAUCCCUUCUUCAUCCUGCAGAAGAGGAAGGGCCACGGCGACGGCGGAGGCGGCCUCGCGGGUUUGCUGGUAGGGACUCUCGACGUGGUGCUCGACUCCAGUGCCCGGGUUGCCCCGUACAGAAUCCUUUACCAGACGCCAGACUCUCUGGUAUAUUGGACUAUCGCCCACGGGAGCUCUAGGAAGGAGAUCACAGAAAACUGGGAGUGGCUGGAGCAGAAUUUGCUGCAGACGCUGUCCAUCUUUGAGAACGAGAAUGACAUCACCACCUUCGUCAAAGGGAAGGUGCAGGGAAUCAUAGCAGAGUACAACAAGAACCAUGACGUCAAGGAGGACGACGACACGGACAAGUUCAAGGAGGCCAUUGCGCGGUUCCGCAAGCUCUUCGGCAUGCCCGACGAGGAGAAGCUGGUCAACUACUACUCGUGCAGCUACUGGAAGGGCAAGGUGCCCCGGCAGGGCUGGCUCUACCUGAGCAUCAACCACCUGUGCUUCUACUCCUACCUGCUGGGGAAAGAAGCCAAGCUGGUCAUUCGAUGGGCCGACAUCACGCAGCUGGAGAAGAACGCCACCCUGCUGCUGCCGGACAUUAUCAAAGUGAGCACCCGAUCAAGCGAGCACAUUUUCUCUGUCUUCCUCAACAUUGGCGAGACCUUCAAGCUGAUGGAGCAGCUGGCCAACAUUGCCAUGAGACAGCUGCUGGACAACAAGGGCUUUGAGCAGGAUCGCUCGCUGCCCAAGCUCAAGAGGAAGUCCCCCAAGAAAGUGUCGGCGCUCAAAAGGGACCUCGAUGCCAGAGCCAAGAGCGAGCGCUACAGGGCGCUCUUCCGGCUGCCCAAGGACGAAAAACUGGAUGGGCACACAGACUGCACCCUGUGGACCCCCUUCAACAAGACACACAUCCUGGGCCAGAUGUUCGUCUCCACCAACUACAUCUGCUUCACUAGCAAGGAGGAGACGCUCUGCAGCCUCAUCAUCCCCUUGCGGGAGGUGACAAUAGUAGAAAAGGCUGACAGCUGCAGCGUGCUGCCCAGCCCCUUGUCCAUCAGUACCAAAAACAGGAUGACGUUCCUCUUCGCCAACCUCAAAGACCGGGACUUCCUGGUGCAGAGGAUUUCAGACUUCCUGCAGCAGACCACGUCCCGGAUCUACUUUGAGCGGGAGAUCACCGGGAGCCUGAACAGCUCUGACGACGAGGUGUACUCCCACCAGGGCAGCCUGCUCUCCUGCAGCCCCCAGCGCAGCCCCCAGCGCAGCCUGGGCUCCGAGACCGAGGGGGAGCGCCAGUUCAACCUCAACGACAACAGCGUGCCCACCGCCACCCAGGCGCUCAUGACUAUGUACCGCCGCAGGUCCCCGGAAGAGUUCAACCCCAAACUGGCGAAGGAGUUCCUCAAGGAGCAGGCGUGGAAGAACCACUUUGCGGAGUACGGCCAGGGUGUGUGCAUGUACCGCACGGAGAAGACCAAGGACCUGGUCCUCAAGGGAAUCCCGGAGAGCAUGAGGGGCGAUCUGUGGCUGCUUUUCUCCGGUGCCGUCAACGAGAUGGCUACGCACCCCGGUUACUACGAGGAGCUGGUGGAGAAGUCCAUGGGGCGCUGCAGCCUGGCCACGGAGGAGAUCGAGCGCGACCUGCACCGCUCCCUGCCGGAGCACCCGGCCUUCCAGAACGAGAUGGGCAUCGCCGCCCUGAGACGGGUGCUCACCGCCUACGCCUUCCGCAACCCCAACAUCGGCUACUGCCAGGCCAUGAACAUCGUGACAUCGGUGCUCUUGCUCUACGCCAAGGAGGAGGAGGCCUUCUGGCUGCUCGUAGCGCUGUGCGAGCGGAUGCUGCCCGACUACUACAACACCAGGGUGGUCGGAGCGCUGGUGGACCAGGGCGUGUUCGAGGAGCUUGCCCGCGACCACGUGCCCCAGCUCUAUGACUGCAUGCAGGACCUGGGGGUCAUCUCCACCAUCUCGCUGUCCUGGUUCCUCACGCUCUUCCUCAGCGUGAUGCCCUUUGAGAGUGCCGUCGUGGUGGUCGACUGCUUCUUCUACGAAGGCGUCAAGGUCAUCUUCCAGCUGGCCCUUUCCGUGCUGGACGCCAACAUCGAGAAGCUGCUCAACUGCAAGGACGAUGGCGAAGCCAUGACCGUCCUGGGGAGGUACCUGGACAGCGUGACGAACAAGGACAGCACCUUGCCGCCCAUCCCCCACUUGCACUCGCUUCUCACGGACGACGGGGAGCCCCACCCCGAGGUGGACAUCUUCAAGUUGGUCCGCAGCUCCUAUGAGAAAUUUGGCACCAUCCGGGCGGACGUCAUCGAGCAGAUGCGCUUCAAGCAGAGGCUGAGAGUCAUACAAACCAUCGAGGACACAACAAAGCGCAACGUGGUCCGCACCAUCGUUACCGAAACGGCGUUCACCAUCGACGAGCUGGAGGAGCUCUUCGUCCUCUUCAAGGCCGAACACCUGACCAGCUGCUACUGGGGUGGCACAAGCAACCCCACGGACCGGCACGACCCGAGCCUACCCUACCUGGAGCAGUACCGCAUCGACUUGGAGCAGUUCAAGGGCCUCUUCGGCCUGCUCUUCCCCUGGGCCUGCGGGGCGCACUCGGACACGCUUGCCCUGCGCUUCUUCCGCCUCCUGGACCACAACGGCGACGCCCUCAUCAACUUCCGGGAGUUCGUCACCGGGCUGAGCAUCGUCUGCCACGGAGACCUGACGGAGAAACUCAAACUGCUGUACAAGAUGCACGUGUUGCCGGAGCUGUCCCAUGAGCAGGAGGAGCCCGACUCCGCCUUCGAGGCUACCCAGUACUUCUUCGAGGACAUCACCCCGGAGACCUCCCACGGACUCGAGUGCCGGACCAAGGGUGACAAAGAGGACGGUUUCGUACGAGUCACCUUCAAGAAUGAAAGAGCCAGGAAGAUACACACCCCUGACUAUCGGACUUACCUGAGGCUGUGGAACCAAGAAACCCGAUCCAAGCUGGAGAACAUGAAGGAGCUGCCCAAACUGAACCAGGGCCAGUUCAUCGAGCUCUGUAAGACUCUCUACAACAUGUUCAGCGAGGACCCCAGAGAGCAGGAGCUGUACCACGCCACGGCUACGGUCACCAGUCUGCUGCUGGAGAUGGGCGAGGUGGGAAAGCUCUUCAACAGCCUCGGCGGCAAGGAGGAGGACGAGGAGGACGAGGACGACGAGGACGAGAGCCACAGGGCCGGGAGCAUGCCUCGGCACAGAGGACGAGGCGACCCCUUCCUCCAGGGGCUCGUGCCGGAGCCGGAGGCGGGAGAGGGGGGUCGGGCGGGUCCGCGAGGCCCGGCGACGGACGACGUCAAGCUGGAGGACGGGUCUCCGAAGGAGGCGGGUCUGUCCUCUGCCAUGCUCACCUCGGAUGAGGAGGCCAAGGACGACACCUCCAUGUCCUCCUACUCGGUGCUCAGCGCCGGCUCGCACGAGCUGGAGGACAAGCUGCAGUGCGAGGACAUCGCCGACGACACGGUGCUGGUGCGCAGCGACCACGGCAACGCCAACGGCAGCGGUGACCACGGCAACGGGCUCUCGCACAGCAGCAGCCUGGACAAGGACUGGGCCAUCACCUUCGAGCAGUUCCUGGCCUCGGUGCUCACGGAGCAGGCGCUGGUGCUCUACUUCGAGAAACCCGUGGAUGUGAUGGCGCGAAUCACCAACGCCAAGAACGCGCACAAGGUGGGGCGGCCCCUCGUCUCCACCAGCGACUACGAGAUCUCGCUGUCCGGCUGAGCCCCGUCCUGCGGGAGGAAACCAAAACGAGGACAUUAGUUUGUGUAAAUCUGCAGUGUUCUUUGGGUGGUAGGAGCGUAGUUCAUAUAGUUCAUACCCAGUUCAGCCCAUUAAUUUGUGUAUAAUAAUAAUAAUGAUGAUGAUGAUGAUAAUAUGUAAUAAUAUCACUUUGAAAAUCUCAAACAUUGUAUUUUAUCAAGAGGGGAAACAGCAGUUUUAUUCUUAGACUGUUAAUAGAGUUUUAUUCUGUCUGAAGGGGCUCCGUUGCUGACGCGCUGUAAACGGGGGAGGUCGCUGGGUUUUCCAGGAACGAACGGCAAACGUUACUCGCACCAGGGUGCAGGACCGCGACGUGACCGUGGGCCACCGUUGCGGUUGACCGCGAAACCAAACCUUGGAAGCGAAUGGCAAAAUGAAGUUCACGCCCACUUCUCGUGAUCGAAAAUUAAUAAAUUGAAUUUUUUUUUUUCAAAUUCCAUUUGUUAAAUUCCAAUAAAAUAAUUUACAAAAUAUAAUAGACAAACAAUACAGACAACACAGGAGUAGCAAAGUAAAUAAAUAGUACGGAUAAUAUCGUUUGUGUCCUGGCGCCAGUCCCCGGUUGACAGUGACGUGUUGCUAUGGUUACGGCUGCACAAUGUUGCACGUGUAUGUGACUGCAGUUCCGAUGUAUGGGAAAAAGUGCAGAAGGUGUCGAGGUAUGGCAAAAUGAUCUUGUGUCUCAUGGCAAGAGGAGUUUUUUCUAAUGAUCCGAUUGGCCGACAGAAAACACGGUUCUCUACCGCCGGUCCACAAGUAUUGGAGAGGCUUGCUGUACUUUAUAUGGAUUUGUGUGCAAUGCUAAUAACUUCCUUGAUCAUGUUAAACAAUGUAUCCUGUUAUUGUGUCCUACACUUACUGUCUAGAAGAGAAAAACUACGUAAAGAUCUUAAAGGGAUGCUCAACGCUGUAUCUUACGUGUUCUCCUGUGAUUUAACAACAUGCUAUUUAACAUGCACUCACUUUGCACGCGGUCUAUGUACUAGAUGCAUAACUUAAACAUUAUACCAGUUAACCUUUGGCACCUGCACUUUGGGUAUCAUUUUUUUCUGUUUGUAGGCGGAUUACACCUAUCUUCUGUUUUAAUCAAACCUCAUUUUAACCAGUUUUUGCUUGGGGUAUCUGCGUCAUAUUUUAUUCAGUCUGUACAUCCUGCUGAUUUUUUUUUUUUUUUUUACUUCUCUCCUGAAAGCUGCUGUUUUAAAUCUGUUCCUUUGUGAAUAGUUUGAAUGUCAUUAUUUAUGGUUUUCACUACUUUAGCGUAUUAAAAAUGUGGAAUGAACGA